GCAUCAACAAGUAAAAUGCCCAGAUUCCCGUCGCCAGCCGUGAAUGGCAACAGUUCCAACAAGCCGUUUGAACAGAGAGGCUGGAACAAGUUUGGCUUCCUUGGAAUGUCUCGUCGUUUCAGUAACUUACAAUAUGUAUCCAUAGGAAUAUUAUUCGGCACAUGUGUCUUCUUAUGGACUAGAAAAUUAAAUUUAACGAAGACAUUCGACGGAGGCUUUGCAACUAGUAAUCUACGCCAGACUGCCCGAAGUGAAAAUGAAGAACGUUUAAUCAAUUCUUGGGCCAAUAAAAUUGAACUCGAAGAUUCGCCAUCGAAUUUCGAAGAGGGCGAAGAAAUUAUUAACGGACAAGAAGAUGAUGCCAACAAUAAUGUGCGCUCAAAAGAAGCCGAUGUUUAUGAUAAAGAGGCCUUUUCGAUGAACAGUCGCAAAGCAUCUGAAGAAGUAGAACAGGUUGCGGAUAUUAAUUCCUCCAAUGCCACUCCGGAUGAUUCAGCUGUAAAGCCGACCACGUCAUCAGAACCAUCAGUCGAUACGGUACCGGCUGAGCAAGUUCCGGCUAUUGAAAACAGCGAGGAAAGUUCACCAAUACCAGUUGAAACGUCGGAAGCUCUAAGUUUACCCGUUUCCACAACAACGAUAACAGAAAUAGUUUCUCCAUGAUUUUGGGACUUAUGAAGAUUCAAAUUUGUGAACCUUGUUUUUCCUUUUUCUUGUAAAACGUUUGGCGACUCUUAUUUAUUGUCACUUAUAUGCGCUUAUCUGUACCAGAGUAACCACAAUAAAUCAGAUGUUCCUU